AUGGACGAGGAAUCAGGCUAUGCGCCGGCAUCCCUGCUGCCGCGGAACAGAAGCAACACGGGGCGGCGGCGGCGGGGGCGGGCCAUCACGUCGUGCUUCACCUGCCGUCAGCGCAAAGUCAAGUGCGAUCGGGAACACCCGACGUGCUCGGCAUGCCGGACCGCCAAUCGCGCGUGCGACUACUUCGACCCGGGUGAGAGGGACGCCGUCGGCAGCUCCGCCUCGCCCUCGGACCGGCCUAGGAAGGCGGCCGGCGGGUCGCAGAUGAGCCUCACCGAGAUCAACCAGCGCCUCAGGAGGCUGGAGUCGCUGCUUGAGCGCACCCUGCAGCAGGAGGCGGUCCACGAAAGCGUCGAGGCUCAUGUUAGCGAGAAAUCGACAUCUGUGUCCAGCGAGGAGCCGAUCCACGCCGUCAAUGGCGACGACGGCACGCUAUUAGG